ACGGGUCCACGACAGUGCCGGAUAGAAUCGGUCCACCACUCCCCGUACCCCGAACUACCUGACCUGAGAGAGAGACCGUGCCUCCCUCGCCGCCGCCGCCGCAGCAUCCCUAGUCGGAGAAGAUGGCUGAGAAGCCGGCAGGUCCCACCCCGAGGACGAGGAUCCGAGGCGGUCUCGCGGCCUCAGCUCCCUCCUCCAGGAGGCUGUCUUCCGUAUCUUUCACCGCGGCCCCGAGCAAGAUCAAGAAGGUUCCUGACCCUCCAAAGGCCGUGAGGCCAUCAAGAGCCACACCUGCCAAGAAGCGGCCACAAGUGGAUCAAGCUCAGAAGCGGAGAGAAGAGGUCGCUGCUCUGCAGGAGCAGCUUAGUGGCCUGCAAAGUAAGUUGCAUGAAAAAGAUGAAGCUCUAAGAUCCGCAGAGAACUUGAUCGGCCGAGUUACUGCGGCGAAUGAAGCAGUUGAUGGGUUGAGGAGCCAGCUCUCCGAGAAGGAAUUGCUGAUUGAAUCUACUGGUUCAGAGCUGCACGGUGCAAAGAUCAUGCUAGCAGAGAAGCAGGCGGCACUGGAGAAGUUAGAGUGGGAGGCAAAUGUGUCGAGUACAAAGGUGGAAGAGCUCCAAGCUGAUGUAGCUUCUAUGGAUACUGAAGUUUCUGCUCUGAUGAAGCUGUUCAGGAAAAUAACAGAGAGUGACAGAGCCCCUCCACCCAGGGAUAGAAAUGACGAUUUGUCUUUGGAAUGCGAGCCAGUUCACCUUGAUGACACGUUAGACGACAUUGACCUUGAGAAGAUGGAGAAGGAGAUGUCAGCCUACGUCUCGGCUUUGUCUGCCGCGAAGGAGAACCCUACAGACGAGUUCAUGAGAGCAGUCGCCGAUGCAAGAUUAAGACUUCAAGCCGUUGUACUCUGACCAAGACUAGAGCGUUGCGUUGUACUGUGUAACCAACAGGAGCAAGCAAGUCGAUAGUACGUUUGCUAAUCGCUGUGUUUUGCCGGUGGCCCCCCUCAGGGCCUUUUCUGUGUUCUUUCUCCUACCUUGCAUCUGAUCGGCGGCCGCUAGUGACAGUGAGCUAGCUUGAUGUAACCUGUAACGCUAUGAACCGUGGUGUACCUGACUGAACCUCCGUAAUAGUAGAUGGUAUCGUGUACGGUGUACCUUUUUU